AUGUCCGUCAAAGCGUCAUACACACUCAAAUCCGGCUAUUCCAUGCCUGCCAUCGGCCUGGGAACCUGGCAGUCCCAGCCGAACCAGGUCAAAGACGCCGUUUGCGCUGCGCUGAAAUGCGGAUAUCGACACAUUGACGCUGCGUCGGUUUAUGGGAAUGAAAGGGAAGUUGGCGAUGGCAUCAAGGUGUCUGGUGUUGCAAGAGAUGAGAUUUUCAUUACCGGUAAAUUGUGGAAUACAGACCACCAUCCAGAGAAUGUUGAAGACGCUCUGGAUCGUACCUUGAGAGAUCUUCAAACUGACUAUCUGGACUUGUAUCUGAUCCACUGGCCUGUGGCAUUCAGCCACUCCACAACCACCAUCCAGCCCAUCAACGCAGAAACAGGCCUGAUUGACGUCGUCGAUGUCCCUAUACAAGACACCUGGAGGGCAAUGGAGGCUCUGGUAGAGAAAGGAAAAGUGCGCACAAUCGGAGUGAGCAACUUUACCAGACGAAAGAUCGAAGAAGUGAUCAAGACAGCCAAAAUACUCCCAGCAGUCAAUCAAAUCGAGGCUCAUCCGUAUCUUCAACAGAGAGAUUUGCUCGAAUGGUCUAAACAGCAGGGAAUCAUCAUCGAAGCAUAUUCGCCGCUGGGAAACAACAUCUACAAUAUUCCUCGUGCCGUCGACGAUCCGACCGUGAUGAAAAUCGCAGAAUCGCUCGGGAGAACACCAGCCCAGGUUCUCAUCAGUUGGGCUCUUCAGCGUGGAACCAUCGUGCUGCCCAAGUCUGUCACACCUGAGCGUAUUCAGAGUAAUCUCGAAGCAUUCGUCCUUCCUGAUGAUGCGUUCGAGGCUAUCCAGGCCCUUGAACGACACCAGCGGAUGAACUUCCCGGCCAGACUGGGCGUGGAUAUCUUUGGCGAAGUUGGAGAGGAGAGUGCGAAGAGGAGUGCGAGGGAAUGGGCUGAGCAGCAGAAGUUGAAGAAUUAAUUGGAUUAACAGAUAGAUUGUGUCGCUAUGUAUACUCGCUGUACUCUGAAUAGACCAGAUAGAGGAUUGUGAGUGGACGCCAGAUUCA